AUGUCCACAUCCUUACAAGUACCAACCGUCUCCUCUACAUCAUCUUCCUCGAGACCCGUUACUCCUACACCUACCACCACCACUAUUAAUAUGUCUAGUAUGCUUGCCGCUUUCCAAAAAUUAUCCCCGUCCAAACAAUCAGCAUUUCAAUCUUCCAUGAACACAGUCUUAGGCUCCUCUUCCACUACCGCUACUACCGUCCCCACAUCCAAUACGAACACAUCACCUUCCCUCAUCUUUGACAUCACCAGAGAGCAUCCUACCCCAUCUUCGCAUUCCAUUAGGGAUGUUUAUGGUAUUCACACGUACAUCUUAGAAUUAGCCAGGAACAACCAACAUAUUCCCUUCUCCUUGCUAACUUCGAAAAUUACCAGACGACUCUUCUUAGAAUCAUCCACGCUCAAAUUCAUCACAUUCUACUCUUCCCAUCGAGGCUCUGCCCCCACAAAGUGUCAUCUCCUUGACAUUUCGCAAUUCCCCGCAGAAUCUGAGAUCUCUAUACCAGAAUGGCAUGAAGCCUGGUCACGUUACCUUCGCUUCCUCCAGGAACAUGCCUCCCCCGAGGUUCACACGCGCUGGGCCAACCACUACGACAUUCUACGUGAACACCCUGACUUCACAGAUAACUGGAUAGCCAUCUUAACAUUUGACAUCGAACAACAUGCAUCA